UUCUUUCUGAGCUAAUAAAAAAAGCUACUUUAUCCUUUCUCCCAUUCACCAAUCACUGCCUGUUCGUGAAUUUUCAAACAUUCAGCCACAUGCAUGCGCACACACUGUUUUAAAAGCGUUAAUAAGGAAACUCCGUCGUCUUAUCCGAUCCACUCUUUUUUUGGACCUUCUAUUUUUUUCCCUGAAUUUUUUUUUUCUUUGCGUGCGUGCUCGGUUCAUCCUUUCCGCCGUUCUCUUUCACUUUACCUCAUGUUUUUGCUAAUGCCUCUCACGCUACUGAUACUCACUAUCGGUAGCGUAGUGACCCAGGAACAAGUGAAUCCUCAUUAUACUGCCUUGCUCAAUGAUUCAAUGUGGUUUUACGAAGCUCAGCGUAGCGGGAAAUUGCCUGCCGACAACCGCGUCUCAUGGCGCUCGGAUUCCGGUCUUCAAGACGGCAAAGACAACAACGUCGACCUUUCUGGAGGUUAUUAUGAUGCUGGUGACUAUCUAAAGUUUACGUUGCCAUUAGCGCACUCCCUUACCUUGUUGGCAUGGGGCGCUAUUGAAUGGUUCGAUGGCUACGAAAAAGCAAAACAGACGCAAUAUCUCGAUAAUACGAUUCGCUGGGGCACGGAUUGGCUAAUGAAAGCUCAUCCUCAACCCAACGUGCUUUAUGUCCAGGUGGGCGAUGGCGAUGUUGAUAAUAACUAUUGGGGACCGGAUACCCAUAUACCGACACCCCGCCCGUCGUACAUGGUCAACCAAUCGGUGCCCGGUACAGAUGCUGCAGCCUUGACAGCGGCCGCUUUCGCUUCAGCUUCGCAUCUUUAUCGCCACUAUUUGAACGAUUCCAAAUAUGCUGACCGCUUACAAUCGCAUGCCGAAUCGGUAUACAAUUUCGCCGACACGGCCAAACCAUGGGCCGCCUACACCAAUUCCAUUCCUGCCAUUGCUGAUUAUUAUAACACGAAUGAUUACAAAAAUCAAUUGGUUUACGGUGCAUUAUGGUUGUAUCGAGCCACCGGAAACACCACUUACCGUGACAAAGCCUCCGACUAUUUUGAUCGUUUUCAGCUGGAUAAAUCAUCGCCUACUGUAAUGGACUGGAGUGACCAAACAGGCGCCGUGUAUGUCCUGGGCAGUCAAGCCGACAGCGGCAACAGCAAAUAUAAAAACGCAGCACAAAAGUACAUCGAUACGAUGAUCCAUCCAUCCAAAGGAAGCCCCUGCGAUUUCACCAAGGGCGGUCUUCUAUGGUGUGACGGUGCCAGUGACGCGAAUUCACUGGUGCCUGCACAAGAUAUUGCUUUGCUCGCCCUGAUUUACAGUCGCGUUGACUCGUCCAAACGGGACGAUUACACCUCUUUUGCCACCAAUCAAGUGAAUUAUUUACUUGGACAAAAUAUGAUGUUAACCCCCUAUGUCUGUGGUGUGCAUAUGAACUCACCGCAUAACCCGCAUCAUGCUGGAGCAUCAGGAGGCAACGAUAUCAACCACAUUAACUCUGUACCACCGGAAGAAAAAUAUAUCCUUUACGGUGCUAUCGUGGGUGGACCCAGCAAAGAUGAUCACUUUUACGAUGAACGUAAUGACUACGAUCAAACGGAAGUAGCACUCGAUUACAAUGCUCCGUUCCAGGGGCUCAUCGCUUAUCAACUCAGUACCGGCGCCAAUGACCCACCAUACGUUUCCAUCACGGAUCCUCGACCUCAAGUCAAGCGCCCUACCCAUUUGGAAAAAUGGCUUAUUGCCGUUAUCGUUAUUUGUGUUCUAUUUUUGGUCGCUGGUUGCUUGUAUGGCUGUUGGCUCAAACGCCGUGCAAUCUCCGCUCGAUUUGGUCGGAAGCAAGUCGUCUAAGAAGCAGUCAAAGAAGAAAAGCCCAUUUUUUUUUUAACGUCAAUUUCAAUCAUCAAUUUCGUUUGUCAAUGUAUUUAUGUAAUUAUGACCUCAACAUUUUUGUAGCAUACCGCCAAUAUACCAUCUUUUGUGAACAAUAAAAAACGUGUAUUCUAUCCAGGAUC